AUGCAGAUGCUCAACUGCCUGUGCGAGGCACUGGUCGCCAGAGGCGCCUGCGUGGUCCGCCGAGCCGGCGUUUCGCCGCGGCGGGCCGAGGAGGCCCUGGAGAACGCGGCGAAGCUGGAGGACGUGGGCUGGCUCCGGAAGGAGACGGAGCAGGCUUACCUUGGCCUGGAGAACAUGACGCGCAUCAAGGAACUCCGAGCCCCCGAUGCACCCGCCAUCGCGGACGAGCCGGAUGAGGCGGAUGGAGCCAAGCCAGAGAUCGAAGACACCAAGUCGGAGUCGAGCUGGUACGAUCCCGAGCUCUACGGCUCCGAGUCCGAGCCGGAAAAGGAAGAGGAGAAGAAGCCGAUCGUCCGCAAGAAAGACUUGCCUCCGGACUUCACGGCGCUCAAGGAGUUUGACGAGCACGUCACCGCUGUGGUCGACUUGCUGUCCUACAGCCCUGAGGCCUUCGGCGCCAAGAGUGCGCACAGCAAGACGGGAAGCAUCCUCAGGAUCCCGCACACUGCCGAGGGUGUCUCCUUGGUGGGCCAGGCGGGCGCCAUGGACGAAAGGGAUCGGCGAAUGUCGGAGGAGUUCAUGUCCUGGGUUCUUUCUCGCCGACUUUGCGCCUUCUACGAGGUGGAAGGCCAGGGCAUCCUCGAGCUGCGGCCCAAGGGCCCCGAGGUGGGCGUGCCGAUGCGGCUGCUCCUGAGAGCAGGGACUAUGGUCUUCUUCCGGCAUGACCAGAUGGAAUACAGGUAUCUCCCGGACCACGACGACUGCUUGGUCCUGCAGAACUGGCUCAUGGACAAGGCCGAACCGCUCCAGUUCCGCCAGCUGCCAAAGUGCCCAGGCGAGCAGGGAUGCGACCGCGUGCAUGUGAAGUCCAUGACCGAGCGCUUCCCCGCCGGCGCAGAGAACUGUGACAUGAGCUUCGCGCUUUUCAGCGCCGGCACUGACACGCUCGUGGAGCCACCCAUCACGCGCUUCGACAAGGAUCUGUACUACUCGCCGGAGCGUGAUGCCCCCAUGCGUGGUUUGGCAUACAUCAUGCAUGGUUCUUUUGUGAACGAAGACCAGCUAAUAGGCUUUGACAACGACUUCUUCGGCAUCGACCUCGAAGAAGCUCAGGCGAUCGCGCCAAGUCAAAGGUGGGUCCUCGAAGUGGGUUACGAGGUGCUUUGGAAGGCGGGCUGGACGAAACGCGCCUUGCGAGGAAAACGGGUCGGCACGUUUAUGGGCGAUUCUGGCAGCGAGUGGAACCAGAUCUAUAUGAGGCAAGACCAGUAUAUGCUCACCAACAACUCGGGCUUCGUGACUUGCUCUCGGCUUUCGCAUUGCCUCGGACUGACUGGCCCCAACGUCACGGUGGAUACAGCUUGUUCUGCUUCUUUGGUCGCAACGAACGCUGCGGCACAUAUGAUGGUGAGGCGGCACACGCGCAUCGGAGAGAAGAUUGCGCCGCUGAGCGAGGACAACAUGAAGGACCAGGCGCAGCUGAAGUAUGCCGUCUGCAUGGGCGUGCUGGUGAUGCUACAUCCUGCCGGCUGGAUUGGCGAAUGUGCAGCGACGAUGUUGUCCUACAAGGGGCGUGCUUUCACCUUCGACGUCGGUGCGGACGGAUUCAUCCGCGGAGAGGGCUGCUGCGGAGUGCACUUGGCUGCAGAGAACGAUGCCGAGCGGGCGGCUGGAGAGCGGAGCCUGGCGAUCGUCAUGGGCAGCUGUGCCAACCAGGAUGGCCGAUCUGCUUCGCUGACAGCACCGCACGGCCCUUCGCAGCAGAUGUGCAUCCGUGCGUCGCUGGCAGAGGCUCGGCUGUCGCCGGGAGAGGUGCAAAUCGGAGAAUGCCACGGCACCGGCACUGCCCUUGGAGAUCCCAUCGAGAUCGGUGCCAUGAAGUCCGUGCAGAUGGGCAAGCGAAAUGACAAUCCCCUUCUCCACGCCUCCGCGAAGUCCAACGUCGGCCACGAGGAGGCAAACGCCGGCACCUGUGGUUUCAUCAAGGUUGUCAUGCUGCUGAACGGCGGAGUCUCGACGCCGAAUCCACAUCUGACGACCUUGAACCCUCACCUGGAUGUCUCGGCAUACCCGGUGAUGUUCACAAACGCCGAUUGA